GUUUGUGUGUGUGCGUGUGUAUACGUCCGUGUACCUGUGUUUGUUUGUGUGUCAAAGUAAAGAUCACCCAAAAAUUAAAGUAGUAGAUUCAGUGUUGGACACACCUUGUAAUCCUUCAAAAGUGAAUGUUGUUCAAGUUACUUCCUCUACAAAUACUUCACAAAAAAUGUGGGAUAGAAUGAAACAGAAUACUAAAGAGCAAGAGCACCAGUCCAUCGUGGUCAAGACAAGCAUGUUUGAAUUUCACUUUGAAUUUGGUUCAAAGAGGCCUCCGAGCAGUACUGCUGCUACUACUUCAACUUGUGCAAGUCAGGAACAAGAUGAUGCCUAUUAUAAUUCUGAACAAGAAGAAAAUUUUGAGCAAGAGCAUGAUCUUACUACGCUUGAACAGGGAGAAAAAGAAGGGCUAUCAGAAGGUUAUGUGGCCGAAUAUGAAAAGUCGAUUACUUCAGAUGAAGAAGAAGAAGAUAUAGAUAUAAUGGAUGAUGACAACAGCAUCCAGAAAAUGAAAUCUAGUUACCAUAGAGACCAACAAGUGAAAAUGAUCGAUACCAAACAACUACCCUCUGCCACAGCCGAAGCCAUGGAAAUGUAUGAGAAUAUUUCAGAAAAUAUAUAUAUCGGUUCGGCAACAGGCAGGUCAAUGGCAGAAGAAUCAAUGCCAUGUGAAUGUAAAUAUGACCCAGAUCAGGACAAUCCCUCUGAGGCCUGUGGUGAUGAUACUGCUUGCAUUAACCGCAUGAUGUUUAUGGAAUGCAUGGUUCAAGACUGUCCCUGUGGUAUCUUUUGCAGAAACAGACGGUUUCAACUAGGCCAAUAUGCUAGAGUAGAUGUCAUAAAGACUGAAAAGAAGGGCUAUGGGCUAAGAGCACUUACUGAUUUAUCAAAUAAUUCAUUCAUUAUGGAAUAUGUCGGAGAGGUCAUUACUCAAAACGAAUUCCUAAGACGAACAAGAGAAUACGAUGCCCAAGGAUUCAAACACUAUUAUUUUAUGACCCUCAAGAAUGAUGAAGUGAUUGACGCUACCAAGAAGGGCUGCUUGGCCAGAUUUAUGAAUCACUCGUGCCGUCCAAACUGUGUGACGCAGAAAUGGGUUAUUGGAAAAAAGAUGAGGAUUGGCAUCUUCACAAACAGAGAUAUCAAAGCUGGCGAAGAGUUGACCUUUGAUUAUAAAUUUGAGCGUUAUGGUGCUGUAGCCCAGACAUGUUUCUGUGGAGAAGUCAAUUGUAAAGGAUAUAUCGGCGCAACCACAACAUUAACAAUACCAACAACCGAUAUAGAUGAAAGAAUGUCAACAGACACCUCAAGCUAUUCUUCAGAGGAUGAUGAUGAAAUUGAUAUUCAAAAGAUCCAACCAUUACAGGAUAUAGACAAGGUACAAGCGUUUGUGAAAAAGAUGCUAAAUUCUGUUGGAAAGCCUCGAUUGGUGAACAAGUUGCUAAUGCGGCUCAAGCUGACAAAUCCACACAAUUCUUAUGGAAAAGAGAUUCUGAAAAUGAUUGUCAGGCUACACGGCCUCAAACUGUUCAAGUUUUGGCUGAGUGAAUGGAAACAUGAUGACGAUAUUGUAUGUAAAACAUUACAGGUGUUGGAACAAUUGCCACUUGCCAACAGAAACGGACUUGAAGACUGCAAGCUGUUUGAUAUUGUCGACAAGUUUACUGAGCACGAAGAUGAUACGAUACGUCAAUUGUCAAUCGGCUUAUUAGACAAAUGGGGCCAAUUGAAGAGUGUCUAUCGUAUUCCUAAAAGAUCACACGCUGAAGUAACAGAUCAUGUGCACAGCGAUAGUGAACAAUCACCAAUAAUUCAACCCAUAGCAAAUGCCAAGGAAAGUCACUCGGUUGCAAACACAAAAGAAGAACAUACAAAACCAAAGAAACAUAAGCUGUUUAAAAAGAGGAUGAGGAUUGAAUCCACAAGGGAACUAUUUGAUCCAGAUGAGGACUAUUAUGAGUAUAUUCCCUUGAGUGUGACAUAUGAAGGUCUGGCAAGAUUACUGCAGUAUCCAUCAUUACAGCCAAAUGAUAUACCUGUAAAAAACAAUACACAAUUUGUACAUAGCCAACAAUAUGAUCUGUAUGAUUAUAAUAACUAUUACUAUUAUCAAUAUUAUUAUAACUAUUACUACCCGCAACAACAACAACAAGAGCCAUUACCCGCCAAUUGGCAACUGAUCAUGAAUGAAGAUGGGACAUUUUAUUAUUAUAAUGUGCUUACUCAACAAGUCCAGUGGGAGAUACCAGUAGAGCAAACUUCUCUUCUUCCUCAGCCUCCACCACCGCCACCUCCUCCUCCAUUAGAUACAGCUUCACCUCAACCUCCACCACCGCCUCCAUCACUUCCAUCUGUAUCCUCUUCACCAUUGCCUCCUUCACCAACACCACAUCAUAUUACAGAAAAGACAUCUACACCAGAAGCAAGUGAAGCAGAAGAAGAAAAAGAAGGACUUGGUGAAGUUGAAUUAAAAAAUGAAAUUGGUAAAGUGGUUACAAAGUAUCUAAGUUUGGCAGAUCAACAAUGCUUAUGGAAAGGAGAUAAACAUGUAUUUAAAGACAUGGCAAGAAAGAUGACGCAUUAUAUCGUGGAUAAGGAAAUUAAAUCUGGUAGAAAGAUUAAAGCCUUGGAUAACAGUUUACGUGUAAAGAUUGAAAGGUUUAUUGAUACAUUCAAGCAACUGUAAAUAAAAAUAAAAAUAGCCCUUCUUUUUUUAUUAUUAUUAUUGUUAUU